UCACAAUACGUUGCUACCCGGCAACUAGCGAUAGCUGCGCCCGUUGUUAAGUGCCCAAAAUACCGAGCGGAAGACCGUCGCUGUGUAUGGAAGUGGUCGGCAUCACUAACGGGGGUGAAGGGGAUAUUACCGGCGGCGACGCAGCGACCGACGGUUAUUUCUAACGUUCACGUGACGUCUCGCCAGAAGUAAUGAGGAACCUUAUUGUGCUCUCCCUGCUGCUGAACAUACAUCGUGUCCUAUCUGCACCCAAGGGAGUCACUGCCAGCCUGUCAGCAAAGUGGAGCAUGACGCCGUUCCUCCUGGAGACAAGUGAGUUUAUUGGAGAAGACGGGAACGAAAAAUUCUGGCAGUUUGUUGACACCGUGAAAGAGCUGACGGUAUACAAGCAAGGAGAAUCCGUGCGCUCGUACUACAACUUGAUCCUUAAGAAAGCUGGCCAGUUUCUUACAGAUCUUCAAGUAAAUCUCCUCAGAUUUUCUCUGGCCCUACGGUCGUACUCACCAGCUGUUCAAGCCUCUCAGCAGAUCGCCAGUGACGAGGGCCCGCCUGAGGCGUGCCCCGCCUUUGUCUCCAUCCAUGGUCAACAUAGCUGCAGUACCAAAGACAUCAAGAAGCUCCUGAAGGCAGCUGCAGGCAGACCAAAACCGUAUUUACACAAGAAUGAGCACACAUAUCCAGGGGUCAAUACAACGGAUGUGCCGGUCGCGAUCCUCUAUGCUGAGAUUGGAACCAAGAAGUUCACCUCGUUUCAUAAGGUGCUGUCGGAGAAGGCUGAAGGGGGAAAACUCGUAUACGUGCUGCGUCAUUUUGUAGCGCAUCCAAAGCCUCGGAGGAUGCUGUUGUCUGGGUACGGUGUGGAGCUGGCUAUCAAAAGUACCGAAUACAAAGCCGUGGACGACACCAAAGUGAAAGAUUCAGGUGGAAACGCUGAGGAAGACGAUAGCGAGGAAGUCCAAGGGUUUGUUUUUGAAACCUUAAAGAAAUCUCACCCUGAACUCAAGCAGCAACUGGUCGAGCUUCGCAAACAUCUGCUCGAGAGUACAGAUGACAUGGUUCCUCUCAAAGUGUGGGAGAUGCAAGAUCUUAGUGUCCAGGCAGCUGCCAGAAUCAUGUCCGUGCCAAAGUUCGAUGCUUUGAAGCUCAUGAGAGACCUCAGUCAGAACUUCCCGAGCGAAGCCAGAUCACUGACAAAAGUGGCCGUUACGCAGGAAAUGAGAAAAGAAAUUGAGGAAAACCAAAAGCGUCUCAGUGAGUCCAUUGGUGUACACCCGGGAGACGGAGAGCUCUUCAUUAACGGACUGCACAUCGAUCUGGACGUUCACAACCCUUUCAGCAUUUUAGACGUCCUGCGAGCAGAGGCCAGGGUCUUAGAAGGGCUUCAUAACCUGGGCAUAAAAGGAGAACAUCAAGGCAAGCUGCUGAGGUUACCUGUGAACGCUGUGGAUGACAGAUACGCCUUAGACAUCAGGCAUCCAGCUAUAAUGUGGAUAAAUGACAUAGAGAAUGACCCGGUGUACGGCAGCUGGCCAAUGGGUGUACAGGAGCUCCUCCGAGCCACUUUUCCUGGAGUCAUUCGGCAGAUCCGACGUAAUCUUUUCAACCUGGUGCUGUUCCUAGAUCCAGUAAGGCCAGAAAGUGUUGAGCUGGUGAAACUAGCAGAGCUUUUCUACAAGCACAAGAUCCCCCUGAGAAUUGGCUUUGUGUUUGUUGUCAACACCGAAGAUGAGAUUGAUGGCUUCUCAGAGGCGGGGGUUGGAUUUUUUAGGGUGCUGAAUUACAUUGCAGACGAGUAUGAUUUAUCCCAGACUCUGAUGUCCAUGGUCUCAAUGUACAACAAAGUAGAGGCAGGGGAGAUGCUGUCUGUUGAUGCAAUCUCUGCCUACCUCAAGAGAAAAUUCCCCAAAGCCAACGCCGAAAGGAUCCUCGGCGUGGAGUCAGAGUAUGAUGACAAGAGGAAGGACGGGGCCCUCUUCUACAAGAAGAGCGGCCUCGGCUCCCUCCCGCUGGCUUUAUUUAACGGCGUGCCGCUGAGCCCCGAUGAGAUGGACCCGGAGGAGCUGGAAACCAUAAUCCUGCAGCGCAUCAUGGACACCACCACCACCUUCCAGAGGGCCGUCUUCACGGGUCAGUUGACUGAAGGCUCCAGUGUGGUGGACUAUCUCAUGGAGCAGCCCAACGUGGUUCCCAGGAUGAACCCUCUUAUCUUGAGCACUGACAGGAAGUACCUGGACUUCACUGGCAAACCAGUUGUAGAUGAUUGGGAGGACACGACCAUGUUCUCCUACUACGACUCCAGAGACAAAACCGCUGUGGUGGCUAAGAGAAUGAAGUACUUUACAAAUGCCGAUGAGGACGGGAUGAGUGCCGUGACCAUGUGGAUAGUCGGAGAUUUUGACAAGGUCUCCGGAAGAAAACUGUUGCUCGGUGCUCUGAAACGUGUGAAGGUCAGCCCUGGCGUGCGUGUUGGGGUGAUCGAUAACCCCAGCGGAAAGCCAAGCGGAGAGAACAGCGUGCUGUAUAGGGCGAUCUGGGCCUCGCUCCUCACCCAGAAGAACAAGGCUGCAGCUGAGUUUGUGCAAAAGCUCCUGAGAGAGGAGAGUAUUCUGCUUCUCCAAAAGGGGACCAAGAUGAAGGAGCUACUGAUGCAGGGCAUGGACAGAGAUGCCUUCGAGAAGAAGUUCAACACCCUGGAAGUGGACUUUAUUCGUAGUCAGCAGCUGUUUUGUCGCGAUGUCCUGAAACUGAGCCCGGGGCAGCAGGCAGUGAUCAGCAACGGCAGGAUACUCGGCCCAUUUGAGGAGCAGGAAGAAUUCACUGCGGAGGAUUUCCAGCUGCUGGAGAAGAUUACACGGAGCGCUUCUGCAGAGAAAGUCAAAGCUAAAGUUAAACUGAUGGGAAUGAAAGCAAAGCAGGCCAGUGACUUGGUGAUGAAGGUUGACGCCCUCCUCACCGCAGCCCCCCAGGGAGAGGUCAGGAGGGAUGUCCACUUCGUCCAAGACAGCCACAGUGUGCUCCUCCUCUCCCCGCGUGAGAACGAGGUCUUCUACGACGUCGUGGCCAUUGUUGACCCCCUGUCGAGGGAGGCGCAGAAGAUGUCCCAUCUGCUGAUCGUGCUCAGCCAAGUGGUCAACGUGAGACUGCAGGUGUUUAUGAAUUGCCGGGCCAAGUUGUCCGAGAUGCCCCUCAAGAGCUUCUACCGCUUCGUCUUGGAGUCCGACGUCAGUUUCUUGGGCAACGACACGGUGUCUCCUGGACCCCUCGCCCGCUUCCUGGAGCUCCCAGAAUCCCCUCUCCUCACCCUCAUCAUGAUCACACCGGAGAGCUGGAUGGUGCAGGCCGUCCGCAGCCCCCACGACUUGGAUAACAUCCACCUCCAGGAGGUGAGCGGCACGGUGGCUGCAGAGUACGAGCUGGAGCACCUUCUGCUGGAGGGCCACUGCUUUGACCUGUCGACGGGCCAGCCGCCCCGAGGGCUGCAGUUCACCCUGGGCAUGAGUCGGGACCCGCUCAUGUACGACACCAUCGUCAUGGCUAACCUGGGAUAUUUCCAGCUGAAAGCCAAUCCCGGUGCCUGGAUCCUAAAGCUACGUGAAGGGAGAUCGGAGGACAUCUAUCAGAUUCUCUCGCACGAUGGAGCCGAUUCCCCCGCAGACGCCGGUGAUGUCGUUGUUGUUCUCAACAGUUUCCACAGUAAAAUCAUCAAAGUCAGAGUGCAGAAAAAGGCAGAGAAGAUCAAUGAGGAUCUGUUAAGUGAAAAUAGUGAAAGCAAAGGCAUAUGGGACUCUAUCGCAAGUGUUUGGAGCACUUUUGAGAAAAGCAUCACAGGUGGGGUCUCAAAGAAGGACGAUGGAGAGAAGGCAAAGGAGGACGUUCUGAACAUCUUUUCCGUGGCCUCGGGCCACCUGUACGAGCGCUUCCUCAGAAUAAUGAUGCUGUCCGUCCUCCGGCACACCGAAACACCCGUCAAGUUCUGGUUCCUCAAGAACUACCUCUCUCCAUCUUUCAAGGAGACCAUCGCUCACAUGGCAGAGGAGUACGGCUUCCAGUACGAACUGGUGCAGUACAAGUGGCCCCGUUGGCUCCACCAGCAGACGGAGAAGCAGCGCAUCAUCUGGGGAUACAAGAUCCUCUUCCUGGACGUUCUGUUCCCGCUGGCCGUGGACAAGAUCAUCUUUGUGGACGCCGACCAGAUAGUUCGGGCCGAUCUGAAGGACUUGAGGGAUUUCGACCUGGAGGGCGCUCCUUACGGCUACACGCCGUUCUGCGACAGCCGCGGGGAGAUGGAGGGCUAUCGCUUCUGGAAAAGCGGCUACUGGAACUCUCAUCUAGGACACAGGAAGUACCACAUCAGCGCUCUAUAUGUAGUAGAUUUAAAGAAGUUCCGAAAGAUUGCAGCCGGAGACCGAUUACGAGGCCAGUACCAAGCCCUGAGCCAAGACCCAAACAGCCUGUCCAAUCUGGACCAGGACCUUCCCAACAACAUGAUCCACCAGGUUGCCAUCAAGUCCCUCCCGCAGGAGUGGUUGUGGUGUGAGACGUGGUGUGAUGACGCCUCCAAAGUCUCGGCUAAGACUAUAGACCUGUGCAACAACCCAAAGACCAAGGAGCCCAAGCUAACGGCGGCAGCGAGGAUUGUGCCCGAGUGGGUUGAAUACGACAACGAGAUAAAACGGCUCCUGAGACAAGUCCAGGAGCAGGACGGCACGGCAACACAAGGACAGACUCCUUCUCCACUACAGGAAAAAGACAACAGGCGGGAUGAACUUUAGCGCCUGCCAGCGUCCCUCUGUGGAGGACGAAGGAGGCAGCACCUUUUUCCAGCACGCCUCCUGUGAAGCAUUGGAGACAGACGCGUCCAUCUAAACAUAACCGCGGAGCGUUGCAUCCCCAGACGGAGCACGAUGGGAUAUUUUCAGAGAUGCCAUAUCUGCUUCUGCAGUCAAUAAGUCUUACAAAAUUAACACACGACGGAAGUGUUAACUGUGGACUUGUGGGGUGCUGUCGGUACAACGGUCGGGGCUCGGAGAAUCGGAGCCCAGGCUGAAGUCAAUCAAUUGUUUUUGUGUUUCCCAAAAAACGUCGACCUAUUUUGCACUGAUAAUGUAUGCAAAGAAUAGAAUGAAGGCACGUGUCAAACAACCUAAUCUCAAGUGUGAUGUUUGCUAUUACAGAAGUUUCCAAAAGCUGAUCAUUUAGAUGUUCUUAAUUUAAUGAAGAGUAAAUUUCUCAAAUAUUCUAUUAAAAAAAUACAUGCAGUAAUGUUGUAACAUUUGACCGUCACUUCAUUUCUGAGAAGGGAUAAACAUUUUUUUCUUCUA